AUGGCAUCUCUCUGGAACAACGGCGAACUCGUCGGAGAAAGACAUAUCGGGGUUGCUGAAGUUGCGAGUCAGUACCCUGUCCGGGUGGCGGUGAGGGGCGGAGAUGGGCGGUACUUCUCAGGCCGUAUCGCCUGUCUGCAGCUGUACAACUACGUCAUGACUCAAGAACAGAUUGUAGCGGCGCGUGAUGUGUGCAAAGUCUGCGCUGAUCCGCUUGGAAUGGAAUCUGGUGCCAUACCUGAUGACGGCAUCACUGCUUCUUCCUACUGGAACUACGAAAAUGGUCACGAGCCCUACCGCGGACGACUAAACGGAGUCGAUGGUGUAGGUGCUUGGGCAGCCCUAACUAACACCAUCGGCGAAUGGUUGCAGGUGGAUUUAGGAGAAAUAAAUCGUGUCACAGGAACCAUCAUUCAGGGUCGCCAGCAUCAUGCCGACCAGUGGGUGACCUCCUACAAAUUACAGUACAGUAUUGAUGGCAUUAGCUGGACGACAUAUGCAGGCAACGAUGGCCCCGAAAAGGUGUUUCCAGGCAACAAUGACAGGAGCACCGCUGUAACAAACCUACUGGACAAUCCCGCUAACGCUCGUUAUGUGCGUUUUCUGCCACAGUCAUGGCACGGUCACAUGAGUAUGAGAGUGGAAAUUUUAGGCUGUGGUAUUAACAGUGUAAGGUUGCCACAGGAUCCAUCGUGGGUUGUGGACUCUGCCGGCACACCGUGGGUCGACAAUGGAGUGACGUAUGAUGCCGCAAAGGCCUUGGAUGGGGACACUGGAACCUACUGGAACCCUGGGGGUAUGGGUCAGAACUACAACAACUGGUACAUCGCAUUCGACCUCACAGUGCCACAAACUCUGACACGCAUCGCAGUCAACAGCUACGGAGACACCACCCAUGACAUCGCAGCAUUCACGGUACAAAAGUCGCAGGUUGGGAGUCCGUACAGCUGGGAGGACGUCGUGUCCGUGGAUAACGUGCAGGGAGGCACGAAUCAGAGCCAGGAGUUCGGCGGGUUCCAGGGAACAGCGCGGUACUGGAGGUUCGUCGUCACUCAGACCCACUCGGGCUGGCAGCCAUAUCUCACUGAACUGAACCUCUACGGAAUUUAUUCAGCCUGCCCUAUACUACCAGUGCCAAACAACGGCAGCAGGACCGAAGGUCAUCUGUACGGAGACAAAGUCACCUUUUCCUGUAAUGAAGGCUACGAACUGAUCGGUUCUGUAAACAGAACGUGCCAGGCUAACCAGAGCUGGUCGGGAACACAGCCCAAUUGCUCCAGAACGUCCUGCCCACCGCUGCCACCUGUUGGACAUGGCAGCACCAGCGGUGGCAGUUAUUAUGGGGACGUCGUUACUUAUCACUGUGAUCCUGGAUACGAGAUCAGUGGUGAUGAAGAACGGACCUGCCAGUCGGACCAGACGUGGAGCGGCACACAGCCGACAUGCAACCGAACGGCCUGCCCAGUGCUGCCAGUCCCAAACAACGGCAGUAGGACUAGCGGUCAUCUCUACUUAGACAAAGUCACAUUUUUCUGUAAUGAAGGCUACGAACUGAUCGGAUCUGAAAACAGAACGUGCCAGGCUAACCAGAGCUGGUCGGGAACACAGCCUAAUUGUUCUCGAACGUCCUGCGCACCUCUGAUGGCUGUAGAACACGGCAGCACCAGCGGUGGCAGUUAUUAUGGAGACGUCUUUACUUAUCACUGUGACCCUGGAUACGAGAUCAGUGGUGAUGAAGAACGAACCUGCCAGUCGGACCAGACGUGGAGCGGCACACAGCCGACAUGCAGCCGAACGGCCUGCCCAGAGCUGCCAGUCCCAAACAACGGCAGCAGGACCGAAGGAACGUCCUGCCCACCGCUGCCACCCGUUGAACAUGGCAGCACCAGCGGUGGCAGUUAUUAUGGGGACGUCGUUACUUAUCACUGUGAUCCUGGAUACGAGAUCAGUGGUGAUGAAGAACGGACCUGCCAGUCGGACCAGACGUGGAGCGGCACACAGCCGACAUGCAACCGAAAAGCCUGCCCAGAGCUGCCAUUUCCAAACAACGGCAGCAGGACUGAGGGUAAUCUUUACGGGGACAAAGUCACAUUUUCCUGUGAUGACGGAUACGAACUGAUCGCUUCUGUGAACAGGACGUGUCAGGCAAACCAGAGCUGGUCCGGCAUACAGCCAACAUGCGGUGAUUGCGUCCCUGACAUCAGUCUCUCUGGAGGAGGAAGCAGUGAAUCCUUAGCAGUGAAGAUCGCGCGGCGUACAUCCUUCACUAUACGGAGCCGCAUCCACGUCAUCUGCAAUCAGACCUACCGCGUUACGUACCAAUGGAUCGUUUUCCAACAUAUCUCAAUGGGGAACGUAGUGCAGGUACUGGACAUUCCCAACAAAGUCGUGCGUGAUUCGCAAGACAUCACAAUUCCAGGAAACACCUUAGGCUACGGCUCCACGAUUGUUGAGCUGAACGCUACCAUGCUUUUCUCGAAUACUGGAAACAAAAAGUCAGAGGUACAAAGACAGUGGGUUAUUGUUACACCAUCUCCACCAGUGGCGCAUAUAGCUGGUGGCUCUGCCAAGUCUGUCAGUCGGCAGGGGGUUCUGAUACUGGACGCAACACAGUCCUAUGAUCCGGAUGAGUACAUCGACGAUUACCGGAAUUUCACUAUUCAGUGGAUCUGUGAAACGCUUCGUGGGACGGCAUGCAUCGAUAUAUUCCCAGAUGGCGGAGAAAGCGCCGUGUAUGAACUUCAGGCCGAGUCAUUUCCUGAUGAUUCCGACAUCUUGAUAUUCACGGUUGAGGUCAGCCUUGACGGGAGGGGCUCAUCACAAACCUCACAGUCAGUCACCUUACAAAACGGAACUGUCCUCAACAUCGCCAUUAGGUGUGAUGCAAACUGCGAGGCCAAAGCCAGUCCAUCCGAGAGGCUAGUUCUCCUGACCCAAUGCGACAACUGUCCAACAGCAAGCACUGCAUAUCAGUGGACUCUGAAGGGAGAAAAAGGCAUUGAUUGGGACUUUGAUACGACAACCGGAAACGCGUCACAGAACCUAGUGGUUCGCAGCAACAUUUUUGAGGCAGGAGAAAACUACACCUUCAGGGUAGACGUGACGUCCAAUGUCGAACCUUGGGGAAUUGGUUUCUCUGAAUACAGUCUCAGCGUCAACAAACCCCCUACUGUUGGAGCAUGUGUGGUCAACCCUUUGUCAGGUGUUUCAACAAUAACGCCGUUUGACAUUUGGUGCGAAGGAGUCCAUGAUGAUGACCAACCUCUGACCUACAGUCUUUACUUUAACAACGAAAGAAGUGACGACACCGCCUACACCUUACUCCACACGGGAACGACCAGGCGAUUUCCACCUCAGCAGCUCCCAGCUGGACAGGAACUUCGCGACUUCAACAUCACGUUAGAAGUUCGCGUGUCGGAUGCUUUGGGCGCAACAACAAUCAUCAGAAAUAUCAAUGCGCAGGUCCAUCCCCCAAAUGUGGAAGAGACGGAAGCGGUGCUGAGCAGCCUCAACGAAACUUUGGACAACCUCCGUGAUACUGGGGACAGCCGCGCCCUCCUGCAGCUCACCAACAGUCUUAGUUCUGUUCUCAACGCAGCGAACACAUCCUCCUACAGCAACGAUGUACUUUCAACGGCACGUGACGGGCUCAUUGAUUCGCUGGCGACAAUCCCUGUUCAAAGCCUGGAAAACAUCGAUCAGGUGUCAAGUGCCUUGGGCCAGGCAACAGCGUCGGAGGAACAGGUUACUCCAGACUCUCAGAACAGAAAUGCCACACAGACAACUUUUGAUGCGAUCGGAAAGCUAAAUGCUGCGGUGCUAGAUCAGAAGGUCCCGGGAGAGAGCCCGACGACGUUCUCUGUAGGUGAAUUCAGUUUGGCGGUUGAAAAACAGCGGUGUGAUACAACUACCAACGAGCAACCGCUCGUUUUCCGGGUAAAUGGCCAAUCAGGAACGUUUUUCGUGGUUGAAAAAUUGUCAAGAUUACUUGGGGACAACUGUGAAACACAAGGAGAUGUCGGAAUAGAGGUAGGUGAUUAA